CCAAUACGUCAUGACGUUUAUUCACGCAAAUCCUAAACGCAAUCUGGAGUGCCCCGGUUUCAUCUCGGAGCAAAGGAGAGAAAAAAAAUAAAUAAAAUGAACACAAAGAGCAAAAAUCAAGGACCUGCUGAAGAGAGAAUGCGGCUCGUUGACCUGGGCCACUCUAAAGAGACUCUUGACAUGGGCUCUUUAAAAACUGAAGAGCAAGACCCUGAGCAGAUUUAUGCUUUCAUUAAAGAAGAAGAUAUUCAAGUGAACAUUGUAGAGCUUUCAGAUUAUGAUAUAAAACAGGAAUCCAUCAGAACUAAAGAAGAAGAAGAAGAGGAGGAGGAAGAAGAGGAAGAAGAGGGAUCCGUUCACAUUAAAGAAGAACUUUUGGAGAUGGAGCUUUCUUCCCCAAUUAAAAGGGAAAUACUUACGGUAGAGUGGACAGAUGAAGAUGUACUUAACGAAACCCAUCUGAUGGGUUUACAAGAUGGUCUGUCUGAGGGACAACAGGGCUGCAGGCUCAGUGGUGACCAUGCAACCAAGAAGAGAGUGAGAAAGAAGGGAGGCAACUUAGGAAAGCAGGCCCAGGCUCUUGUUGCUGGUGUGCUGAAGCCACGGGAAAACCCGUACCAUUGUCCUGAAUGUGGUAAAACUUUCAAGUGCUCUAAAUCAGUCAAGCUGCAUGAGAAAAUUCACAUGGGAGAAAAACCAUACGAUUGUCCUGAAUGUGGAAACGCAUUCAGGUGUUUAAAAAACUUGAAACAUCACCAGAAAAUCCACACUGGAGAAAAACCUUACCGUUGCACUGAAUGCGGAAACACAUUCAGGUCUUCCAGUAACCUUAAACAACACCAGAUCAUUCACACGGGAGUAAAACCACAUCAGUGUACUCAGUGUGGAAAGACGUUUGCCCGAGCUGAAAGUCUGAAACAGCAUCAGAGGAUUCACACGGGAGAAAAGCCGUACCAAUGCGUGGAAUGCGGAAAAAAGUUCAGCUGUUCCACAACGCAUAAGCAACACCAGAUAAUUCACAGAGGAGAAAAGACACACCAGUGCAACGAAUGUGGAAAAACGUUAAUCAAUUCUAGAAACUUUAAACUUCACCAGCGAAUCCACACAGGAGACAGACCUUACCAGUGUCAAGAAUGUGGAAAGACUUUCCGCUGGCCAGAAAACCUUAAGCAACAUCGGAGAGUUCACACCGGGGAAAAACCGUAUCACUGUACUGAAUGCGGAAAGACUUUUAGCCAGGCUAUGAGCCUGAAGUGCCAUCGCAGGAUCCAUACAGGAGAAAAACCAUACCAGUGUACAGAAUGUGGGAAGAAUUUCAGCCAGAUUCCACACCUUAAACACCACCAGACCAUUCACACUAGGCACAAAAAACUCAAGUCCAGCUCGGAAAAGUUAAACCAAGAAUGAUCUGAACACGGAGGGAGGAGUAAUAGAAAAGAGCAAAGCUGGUAAUGCAGUCCAAGACGUGUGAGUUGUGAAGCACGAGCAUUCAAACUCUACUGGAGUUCCCAAGUCAUAUCCAAAACAACAUUUAAGACCAAUAUUGUCAUUGUAUUUAUUACAAAGGCUCCGUAGAAUAUUGAAAAGUAAGCAUUGUAGCUAAUGGUGUAAGUAAUAGUCAGAUUUGAAACAGAAUUUAGAGGAGAAACCAAAGGAUGCAACCAAAUAAUUAUUUUUCUUUUCAUAUGACAGAACACAAAAGGAGUUAUGGGAUUAAAGGAUAUUGUUGUGCCGAACGUGAAAAUAUUUUACAUUGGACUGAAACCCUUACAUAAUCCUAUAGAAUUUAAGUAACGUUUUAGUCUAGGCUUGAUUUGGGGUCAUUAGAGAUGCAUUAUUUUCAUCAGUUAAUAUCCCCCACUCCCCAAACAAUUAGAAAUACACAAAUAGGAAAAUAAUCCUGUUAUAACACUAAUGAUAAAGUAAGGAAAUGCUUUUAUCAAAGUAUAGAAAGAAGGAAGUACGAUGCAAUUUGUCUUUGUUCUCCACUUAAGCAAGGGAUUUAUUGAAGUGGGCAGUAUGGUGGUACUAUGGUUAUUGUUUAUGCCUCAUAAGGUCCAGAGACUUGGGGUCAAAUGGUAUCCUUGUCAUAUGUCUGGGUGGCUUUUUUCAGGGUAUAUCCCAAAGACUUACAUAAUCUAUUGAUUGGUGAAUCAUCCUACAUAAUCAUACAUUGACCCAAAAAUGUGUGGCACCUAAUGUGGGGUUGGUUCUGUUCCAUUGAUAGUGUUGAUUUCAGACAAUGCUGUGGUCCAUUAAUGAACUAAGCAGGUUCAUACUGUGAAUGAAUGGCAAAGACUUGAAUUGCAUCCACAGCUGGCCAACUCUCUUUUGAUGAUUGAUAUUUUAUUGAUCCAAAAGUGAAACUGCAGAUAUUGCUGAUUGCUUCAAAGACUUCUCAUUAUACAGGUAUGAGAAAAGGUGAGUACUGAGAAUGAGUUGAUAGUUUGGUUUAAGCUAACUACGUAUUAUUUUACAUACAUCACAGAGGGUGAUGGAAUUCCAAAGCUAAAACUUUGCCAUAGAAUACAGGUGCAUCUCAAUUAAUUAGAGUAUCACCGAAAAGUUCAUUUAUUUCAGUAAUGCAAUUCAAAGAGUGAAACUCAUAUGUUUAUAUAUAAUACACUACCGUGGCUGUUAGUUUGUCUGUCCAGGAUUUUAAAUCACCUGUAGCUCACAAA